GGUCUUGAUUUGGUGUCGCUGCUUUCAAGCAGGUUGUCGGCUGCUGCUUCUGGACGGAAAGCUCCGGGUUCCUGCCAGCAUCCGAGUCUCUCUGCUGUCUUCCUCUAGACUAGUGAAUGGAAGAUGUGUCCGUAGCUCCGGAGGCUUCCUCACCGGGCCGCCCCUCCACUUGAAUGGGAUCCUCGUCGCCUCUCUCCGUCGCUGGCUUCUGGCACCGACCGUCUCCGCUGCUCCCAAUUUUAGGAUCUGCGCGCUUUUAGUCUCUCUAAUCAGUUUAUGAAUGGUUUGAUGCGACAGCCGCCUGUCUGAUCGGCUGAAGAGCGACGACGCCAAAUCUUCGGCAGCCUGCGCUUCAGAGCCUCGGUCAUGGGGGGAUCCAAAAGUAAACCCAAGGAUGUAGGCCACCGAACCCAUAGCAUUGAUGCCAACCUCAGCUCUGGGGGAGGGGCUGGUGGACGCCACCUCAACUCCACUCAACAGUCCCUCACACCCAACCGUAGUCCUACUAUGGAUGGAGGCCUCAGUGGCAAUCAGUCGAUGGGCAACAACGCAGAGCUGGCCCUGUUUGGAGGUGUUGACAACAACGCUGUCACCUCGCCCAACAGAAUCACACUAGCAGGAGGCGUGACGACCUUUGUGGCGUUGUAUGACUAUGAGUCUCGAACGGCCUCAGAUCUGUCUUUCAGGAAGGGCGAACGCCUCCAGAUAGUAAACAAUACGAGGAAGGUGAACUGCAGAGAAGGGGACUGGUGGCUGGCGCACUCCCUGACCACUGGAGAGAGCGGUUAUAUCCCCAGCAAUUAUGUGGCUCCAUCUGACUCCAUCCAGGCAGAAGAUCAUCUCAAACUGACUCUAGAGUCCAGAUGGUACUUUGGCAAAAUCACACGCCGUGAUUCCGAGAGAAUGCUGCUGAGUUUAGAGAACAGGAGAGGAACUUUCCUGGUCAGAGAGAGUGAGACCACCAAAGGUGCCUACUGUCUGUCUGUGUUGGACUAUGACAACACCAAAGGGCUCAACGUGAAGCACUACAAGAUCAGGAAGCUGGACAGUGGAGGCUUCUACAUCACAUCGCGCACACAGUUUGCCACCCUGCAGCAGCUUGUCAACCACUAUCGCAAGCAUGCUGAUGGACUGUGUCACAGUCUCACAGAGAUUUGUCCCGUACUGAAGCCUCAGACUCAGGGCUUAUCCAAGGACGCCUGGGAGAUCCCAAGAGAGUCCCUUCGCCUGGACCUCAAGCUUGGACAGGGCUGCUUUGGAGAGGUCUGGAUGGGAACAUGGAACGGUACAACACGGGUUGCAAUCAAGACUCUGAAGCCCGGCACUAUGUCCCCUGAGGCCUUCCUGCAGGAAGCUCAGGUCAUGAAGAAGCUGAGACACGAAAAGCUGGUUCAGCUGUACGCCGUCGUAUCUGAGGAGCCCAUCUACAUCGUCACAGAGUACAUGGGGCAAGGCAGCCUAUUGGAUUUCCUGAAAGGAGACAUGGGUAAGAUGCUCCGCCUCCCUCAGCUGGUGGACAUGGCCUCACAGAUUGCUUCAGGGAUGGCUUAUGUGGAGAGGAUGAACUAUGUGCACAGAGACCUUAGAGCUGCUAACAUCCUGGUGGGAGAUAACCUGGUUUGCAAAGUUGCUGAUUUCGGUCUGGCUCGCCUCAUUGAGGAUAAUGAAUAUACCGCCAGGCAAGGAGCCAAGUUUCCCAUCAAGUGGACGGCUCCUGAGGCUGCGCUUUAUGGCCGCUUCACUAUCAAAUCUGACGUCUGGUCUUUUGGGAUCCUGCUGACUGAACUGGCCACCAAAGGCCGAGUGCCCUAUCCAGGUAUGGUGAACCGGGAGGUGUUAGACCAGGUGGAGCGUGGUUACAGGAUGCCGUGCCCAGCGGAGUGCCCCGAGUCCCUUCAUGAGCUGAUGCUGACCUGCUGGAGGAAGGAGCCUGAGGAGAGGCCUACCUUUGAGUACCUGCAGGGCUUCCUGGAGGAUUACUUCACCUCCACAGAGCCUCAGUACCAGCCAGGAGAGAACCUGUAACUGGGUUGACCAUGUUUACGUGCACGCGUUAUGGAUGUGCAAAACUGAGCAUGUGCAUCUGCUUGAACAAGUAUGUGUGAGGGCAUGUUUGUUUGUGCAGAAAUCUGACAUCAUUCUGGGUACAAUCAAUGACUCUCUGACGUGGAGUGUCGGUGGAUCAUCAAACCAAUCAGCUAAAUCCAGUCUUUCCAAAGACAUUUUCAUUUUCUCCAAUGUGUCCGUUCUAAGGGACUAUUUUCAAAGUAAGGGACUUUAAGUGUGGUGUUAUAGUUUGUCAUACAGAACACUGUCAAUCAAAACAACAUCCUAAACAAGCAAACAGGUUUGUCUACCUUCCUUGUGUUUGUAAGGUGCCCUAAUUUUACAUCCCCCAAGCAUUGUUCGUGUGUUAACUCGCCUGACUGAUCUUGCAGCGUCAACACAGCAAGUGAAGCCCGACUGAGACUGCACAUUAGUCUGACACAGGAGUUCAGAGAUUGAACAUUGGAUACAAGUACAGUAUUGUCCUGCUGACAACAACACCACAGGAUGGCUAUUUUUCUUUAGGAUCCCUUUUGAAACACAUGCUCAGACUCUGUCUUCCAUUUCUCCACUUUAAGAAGCCACCAUUUGGAACCUACAAUAAUCAAAUAUUGUGGAUCUUAAUUUUUUUAAAUUUUAUUAUUAGACCUGGAUCAACUGGAAAAUUUUCAUAGGGGCAUUUUUAUUUUAUAAUCAUGCUUCCCUUGUGCAACAUUGAGGCUACUAUCCCAUCUGCUGUGAGAUUUUGUAAGAGUGUGCAGUCUUCUUCACUAAUUAGAUGAAUUGAUUUAUCGCUGUGACCAACAUACAGCUCAACACAAAGAAAACAAGAGGUGAAGUCUGCCUCUCUAUUUUCUAAUUGUGACUUUUCAUACUCUUGACAAAAGGCUACUGAUCACUAAAGGUCAUCUCAGGAUGGAGAAGACAAGAAUUCUGCUGCAAGGAUUUUUGUGCCAAUGAAAAUCUCUUUUGUACUCUCUUCUACUGUGUAAAAGUGUAUUUUAAUACUCUCAACUUUUCUUAUGCUGAAGCUUGACUUGUGUAAAGAGAGGUUAUGUUCUUCUUCUGAGAGGAUAAUCCACUGUUUUGAGAUUCUGCACCUGUGUACACUACCAACCGGCUCACCGGCAUGGUUUUAAUGUGCUGAUUUGCUCUCAAGAAUUCAAAUUAAAAUCAGGUGAAUCUUCCUUUAUGUCUCCUUUUCAGUUCUGACCUUUCAUUACUGACACUGGAUAUAUUGCGUUUCUGUUCUCAGUGGAGAUGAUCAAGGAGCAACCGAGUGAAUUUGUGUUACUGCUCCCUCUGACCUGUAGGAGGCGGACUACAAAGCUUCCCUAUUAACACUUUAGCAUGUACAGCAAAUAAAUUGGCAUCUUGACACUUAAUUGUAAAUAUCCUUAAUGCUAAUAUUUUGUAUAUAUCAUCUUUAUAAUUUAUUCCUUUUCAAAUAUCCCAAUUGUUUAUUUUGCUUUCAGCAUUAUUGUUCAACCUUGUUUAUGGUACUUUAAUGGGUUAAAUAACACCUGCCAGUAAUGAUAUUAAAAGAAUAUAUAUUGUUAUUAUAGAAACACUUUUCAUUCCAAUAUGUUUAUUUGUGCACGUAUUUCUGUGAAACUUAAUCUCAGUUGUACAUUUUCAAUAUGACUGACAGAAGUGGUGAGAAGAGAUCGCACUGAGUCACAUCUUUGUCGAGACAGUUCUGUCUGUGCAGAUACUGAUAAAGAACCAGCAUUGCUCCUUCCCAUAAUACAAUCGAUACCAUCAAUGUUUACAUCAUCACAAUCUGCAGAUCAUUUUGGUGCUGCUUUAGAGGCCGAGGAAAAAAGCGGCGACAUUUCUUGCCCAACAGUGUGUGCCCCUAUCCCCUGUAUGUGUGUGCUUCAUUCAGUGGUACGAUCAGAUCCUCCAGUCUGGAUUUCAUAAAGCACUACUAACUAAGAUUCAGUAGCUCCACACAGAAGAUGACAUAGCUGCCACAAAUGGAAGGAGCUUGUUGCGCUGACCUGCAUAGGUGUAGUCAGGCCGUCUAGCAUCAUCCCCUUCUUUUCCCUGCUGUCUCAUGGAAUGCUUGUGAGCAAAAAUACGGGAAAAGUGCAUGUUAAAGGUCAUAUAGUCAGUAUGCAACCUUGCUUGUAAGCCAAGGGCAUUUCUUGUGGGGUUCCGUGGGUAUCCUUUCUGGCUAUGCAGAUAUUUUUUAAACCUGUAAUUUUCCUAUAUAUACUUUUUUCUACUGUAAUCAAUGGGAAUUUUCACAUAAAUAAUUCUUUGUUAAAUCCUACUGGAUAUUGUUCAAAUUUGAAUAAAAUUUGUACAUUGCCA